UCCCAAAUUCUCAUUUUCCAUUCCUCUUCUCCCAAUUUCUCAUUUUCCCCUAGGGUUUAAGCGGCUGAGCUGAACUUGAGCCACCAUUUUCUAUCUCUAAUCUCAACCACCGGAAAAUGGCGUCAUCAUCAUCAUCAGUCGCUCAAAUCCACCCACUCGGCUUCACCUCCUCCCCUCGAACCUCAAAACAAGUCUUAUUCUCUCACGGCCUACGCUCCUCCGUUUCAUUUUCUCAAACCCUCAAACUCAAAUCCACCACAAAAACCACCCUCAAAACCACCCGCCCUCUCCGUGUCGUGGCGGAGAAAGUCGUCGGAAUUGACCUCGGCACAACUAAUUCAGCCGUUGGCGCUAUGGAAGGAGGUAAGCCGGUUAUCGUUACGAAUGCGGAAGGACAGCGGACGACGCCGUCCGUCGUUGCGUAUACGAAAACCGGCGAUAGGUUAGUUGGACAGAUUGCUAAAAGACAGGCGGUUGUGAAUCCUGAGAAUACUUUUUUUAGUGUGAAGAGGUUUAUUGGGAGGAAGAUGAGUGAAGUUGAUGAGGAAUCUAAACAGGUUUCGUAUACGGUUAUUCGAGAUGAGAAUGGGAAUGUCAAGCUUGAUUGUCCUGCUAUUGGCAAACAGUUUGCUGCUGAAGAAAUUUCAGCUCAGGUGUUGAGGAAGCUUGUGGACGAUGCAUCCAAGUUUUUGAAUGAUAAGGUUACAAAAGCUGUCGUGACUGUUCCUGCGUAUUUUAAUGAUUCUCAAAGAACAGCUACCAAAGAUGCAGGGAGAAUAGCGGGGCUGGAAGUUCUUCGGAUAAUCAAUGAACCUACCGCUGCCUCAUUGGCUUAUGGUUUUGAAAGAAAGAAUAACGAGACAAUAUUGGUGUUUGAUCUUGGUGGUGGUACUUUUGAUGUUUCAGUUCUUGAGGUUGGUGAUGGAGUUUUUGAGGUGCUUUCUACUUCUGGAGACACACAUCUGGGUGGUGAUGAUUUUGAUAAGAGAAUAGUUGAUUGGCUUGCUGCAAGCUUCAAGAAAGAUGAGGGCAUAGAGCUACUAAAGGACAAGCAAGCUUUACAACGUUUGACUGAGACUGCCGAAAAGGCUAAGAUGGAACUUUCGACGUUGACCCAAGCAAAUAUUAGCCUGCCUUUUAUCACAGCCACAAAUGAUGGCCCCAAACACAUUGAUACCACUCUUACAAGGGCGAAGUUUGAAGAACUAUGCUCAGAUCUACUUGAUAGGCUUAAAAAACCAGUUGAAAAUUCCCUGAGAGAUGCAAAGCUAUCGUUUAAGGACCUAGAUGAAGUGAUACUUGUUGGAGGUUCAACACGUAUUCCAGCUGUUCAGGAAGUUGUUAAGAGUUUGACUGGAAAGGAACCAAAUGUUACUGUAAAUCCCGAUGAAGUCGUUGCUCUAGGAGCUGCAGUUCAGGCUGGUGUUUUAGCUGGAGAUGUGAGUGACAUUGUUCUACUUGAUGUGACACCGUUGUCCAUUGGACUAGAAACCCUUGGUGGUGUGAUGACGAAGAUUAUACCUAGAAACACGACUCUUCCUACUUCAAAAUCAGAGGUUUUCUCAACAGCUGCUGAUGGGCAGACGAGUGUUGAAAUUAAUGUUCUUCAAGGUGAGAGAGAAUUUGUUAGAGACAACAAAUCUCUUGGCAGCUUCCGACUAGAUGGAAUCCCUCCUGCUCCACGUGGAGUUCCACAGGUUGAGGUCAAAUUUGACAUUGAUGCGAAUGGUAUCCUGUCUGUCACCGCCCUUGAUAAAGGCACAGGAAAGAAGCAAGAUAUUACCAUUACUGGUGCUAGCACAUUGCCUAAUGAUGAGGUACAAAGAAUGGUCAACGAGGCUGAGAAGUUUGCAAAAGAAGACAAGGAAAAACGAGAUGCCAUAGACACAAAGAACCAAGCAGAUUCAGUGGUUUACCAGACAGAGAAACAGUUGAAAGAAUUGGGAGAAAAGGUUCCCGUCCCUGUUAAAGAGAAGGUUGAGGAAAAACUCAAUUUGCUCAAGGAGGCAAUAACUGGUGGGUCAACACAGACUAUAAAAGAUGCCAUGGCUGCCCUUAACCAAGAAGUUAUGCAGCUUGGUCAGUCACUAUACAACCAGCCUGGUGCACCAGGUGCUGGACCCUCACCUGGUGAAGCCCCAGGUGCCGAGUCUUCUGAAUCAUCAGGUAAGGGACCUGAAGGUGAUGUCAUUGAUGCCGAUUUCACUGACAGCAAGUGAUUUAACCGAUACAUAUAGUCGAAAUGAUAUUUUGGCAUGGUAAUUCUCAUUGAAGUUGUGUAUAAUGGUUUAUCGUGGACUGCUUCAUUUUUUUCCUUUGUAUUCCACAUCCUGCUUUAGAGCUUGAAAAAGUACUUUAUAGCAAUAGAAUUUAUAAUAGGUAGAACUUUAACGAGUCUUGGUGCAUUGAUCUUAAUGUAAUUUUUGCUCCUUUGAGGAUAUUUAUGCCAUGGAUUUUGGUCUA